ACUGGGAGUAAGCUUGUUGUGUGUAUGUGAUGGAGAGAUAAGUUGUGACGAAGACUGUUGACUUUUAUAAUAAUUUAGAUAUACUACAUUGGCUGAAGUCUGUGGAAAGUGAGUCUGUUGAUGAACAGCGAGCGAGUCGUUCACAGUUGAGUGCCGUCAAUAAGAGGCACCAUGGCUGCGGCCACUACCUCCGAGUCAACGAUGACAAGUGACGAACUUGGCCACUCGUCCUCCCAGGUGCCACGACUGAGGUCUACAGCAGGAAGCCCAUCAGCACCUUCCGGUGACUCUGGCAGUAAAAGACAGUCUGGACAAACUUCAACAGAGACGAAUUACCUCUCCGCAGAUUCCAGUAACGCUGAUCAAUGUACAGACACAGGCGUACAGCUGAAGAAGGUCUUGGGGCUCUGGCACGGAGUGGCCUUGAUCGUGGGCUUACUUAUCGGAGCUGGCAUCUUCGUGUCCCCUACGAUGGUGGUGCAGUAUACUGGCAGCGUGGGUAUGUCGCUGACAGUGUGGGUGGCCACGGGCAUCAUGUCCAUGAUGGGCGGCUUCUGCUAUGCUGAGCUCGGCACAAUGAUCCCGAAGAACGGUGGUACCUACAUAUACGUGCUGGAGAUAUUUGGACCCGUGCCAGCGUUCCUCGUACUGUGGACCACUUACAUCGUGAUAGAGCCCAGCAGCACCGCCAUCGUAGCCCUCACCUUCGCCAAUUAUGUCUUGCAGCCUUUCUUCCCGGGCUGCUUCUCACCGCCAUAUUUUACCAUCAGACUCAUAGCUGCGGCCUUGAUUUGUUUAAUGGCGUAUAUAAACUGCCUCGGGGUAAAGUUAGGAGCCAUAAUUCAGGGCGUCUUUACCCAGACGAAGGUGUUGGCGCUGAUCGUCAUCAUCGUGGCCGGAGUACACCACCUGGCUAUUGGUAAUACCGACCACUUCCGCAACCCCAUGGAAGGGACCAUGUGGGACGUGUCUUCCAUCGCCACCGCUUUCUACUCUACCCUCUUCUCUUACAGUGGAUGGUACUCACUCAACUACGUGACGCAGGAGCUGAAGGAACCAAGCAAGAACCUGCCACGAGCCAUAGCCAUCUCCCUUACCCUAGUGACUGUGAUAUACGUGCUGACCAACGUCGCCUACUACGCUGUAUUGACACCUGCUGAGAUCCUGUCCUCCAGUGCUGUGGCUGUGACGUUCGGCCAGCGGGUGAUGGGGGUGAUGGGUUGGAUAAUCGCCUUUUUCGUCGCCUGCUCCACCUGUGGCUACAUUAACGGAGCCAUCUUCGUCGACUCUCGCAUAGUGUACUCUGGGGCUCGAGAGGGUCACUUUCCACACUUCCUGUCCUUUAUACAGGUGGACAGAUGUACACCCAUCCCUGCCAUCAUAUAUACAGUGAUAUUGCCGCUAGUGAUGCUUAUGGCUCCUGACGUUGGGUGGCUCCUGACCUACUCCGUCUCCGUCGACAGUGUCGUCACCCUCAUCCCCGUGGUGGGUCUCUUGUGGCUUCGCUAUAAGGAACCCGACAAACCCAGACCCAUCAAGGUGUGGUUGGGGUUCCCGAUACUGUACACGAUACUCGGGAUGCUCGUGGCGGUGAUCCCUGUGAUCAUGAGGCCAAUGGAGAUCGCUUUCGCCCUGGCUGUCGUAAGCAUUGGUUUGUUUGUCUACUGCCUCAUCCUCAGGAACGCCACCAAACCCAAACUCAUCACACAAGCUCUAGAUAAAGUGAGCUAUGUUUGUCAGAUGGUGUUUUUGUGUACUCAAGAGACCUGUAAGGACGUCAAUCAUACAUCAACUGUGGAGGUUAUACAGGUGCCAGAGACCAUCAACACCACGACAACCAGAGACCAUUGAUGAAGAGAGGAACCAUUAGAAACCAAGUUAUAGUGAGUCGGAAACCAACUAUGGCAAGUCGCAUACCAGUUAUAGUGAGAGUAACACUAAAAAAAAAACUAUAGUAUCAGUCAGAAACCAGUUAUAUUGACGGUAACAUUAAUAAAACAACUAGGAAAAGACUACAAUUGACCGACAUUUCUGUUUGAGCUGUUCAAUUUUAAUUACUAUUACUUUAAACAAAUAUUAUCUUACUUUUUUUUUGUCUAGUUUUCAUUAUCUUGUUCAAACGUUUUAUUUUAUUUUUUCUGUCUUGGGCAACGUUUUGUAGUUUACAGUUCCUCCAGAUCUCACCAAUGUUGUAUAGGUCACAGGGAGGCGAGGGUUAUGUAGUGGAGGCGAGGGUACUGUAGUGGAGGCGAGGGUACUGUAGUGGAGGCGAGGGUUAUGUAGUGGAGGCGAGGGUUAUGUAGUGGAGGCGAGGGUUAUGUAGUGGAGGCGAGGGUACUGUAGUGGAGGCGAGGGUACUGUAGUGGAGGCGAGGGUUAUGUAGUGGAGGCGAGGGUACUGUAGUGGUUAAUUCCUCGUGUG